GGCUUUUGUUUGUUUUUCUCCUGGUGGGUGGAAAGCUGCUCUCUCUCCUGCGAUACUUACCAUGAGCUUUCUGGCCAGCCUAGGCCCAUUCACUCUCAGAACCUCCCAGAGUCCCCAGGAUGGACCGCACGGACUCUCCUAGCAGGCUGCACUCUGCAGAGAGACAACUGCCACUUUGAGCGUUGAGCUUUGCAUGCCGGGCUGGAUUUCUCAAAGUUCCACAUUCCCUCCUUCCACUCCCUCCCUACCCAUUGAGAAGCAGGCAGAAGACUGAGCCUUGAAACUAUGUAUUUGAGAGACUGUCACGACAUCUCGAAUACCUUGUGCUGGUGCUGUCACCGAAAAGUGUGGCUACAUUCUGAGGAGAACUGCUUCCAUGACAGGAAGGAGCAGUCUCAGGACUGAGAUGAGUAUAAAGCCAGCAGGGACACACCAUGCAUAGAUAUACGACGAUCAAGCAGCUUGGUGAUGGAACCUAUGGCUCUGUCCUCCUAGGAAGAAGCAUUGAGUCUGGAGAGCUGAUUGCCAUUAAAAAGAUGAAAAGAAAGUUUUAUUCCUGGGAGGAAUGCAUGAAUCUUCGGGAGGUUAAGUCUUUAAAGAAGCUCAACCAUGCAAAUGUAGUGAAAUUGAAAGAAGUCAUCAGGGAAAAUGAUAAUCUUUAUUUUAUCUUCGAAUACAUGAAGGAAAACCUUUAUCAGCUAAUGAAAGAAAGAAACAAGUUGUUUCCUGAGUCUGCUAUUAGGAAUAUCAUGUACCAGAUACUACAGGGACUUGCAUUCAUCCACAAACAUGGUUUCUUCCAUAGAGACUUAAAACCUGAAAACCUCCUUUGCAUGGGACCAGAGCUUGUGAAAAUAGCUGACUUUGGAUUAGCCAGAGAAAUCCGAUCGAGACCACCAUAUACAGACUAUGUGUCUACAAGAUGGUAUCGGGCUCCAGAAGUUCUCCUGAGGUCUACCAACUACAGUUCUCCUAUUGAUGUCUGGGCAGUGGGAUGCAUCAUGGCAGAAGUUUACACACUACGGCCGCUCUUUCCAGGCGCCAGUGAAAUUGAUACAAUAUUCAAAAUUUGCCAAGUGCUGGGAACGCCAAAAAAGAAUGACUGGCCUGAAGGAUACCAACUUUCUAGUUCCAUGAACUUCCGUUGGCCUCAGUGCAUCCCUAAUAAUCUAAAGACCUUGAUUCCAAAUGCCAGCAGUGAGGCAAUUCAGCUCAUGAGAGAUAUGUUGCAGUGGGAUCCCAAAAAGCGACCAACAGCUAGUCAGGCACUUCGAUAUCCCUACUUCCAGGUUGGACAUCCCCUAGGCAGCGCUCCCCACGGCCUUCAGGAAAUGGGGAAACCGCAGAAGGAAUUCCACGAGAAGAUGGGACCACCGCCUCAUAUUAAACCCGUCCCUCCUGCAAACCCCCCUGCCAAACCACACCCCCGGAUUUCUUCCCGACCACACCAACCCAGCCAGCCCCCACAGCACCUCAUAUACCCCUACAAAGCUGAGGCUUCCACGACAGAUUCCGAGAGCCAGCAUCAAGACGACCAACCUACUCCGAUGCUUUUCCCAGCCCUCCGCAAAAAGAUCCCUCAGAACAAAAUUCUGGCUGGCAUGGAGCACCCAAACGGUGAAAUUAAACCAAAGAGUAGGAGAUGGGGCCAUGUUUCCAGGUCAACAAAGGAUUCUGAUGAUUGGGAUGACUUGGAUGACCUCGAUUUCAGCCCUUCCCUCACCAGGACUGAUCUAAAAAAUAAGAAAAGACAGAGUGAUGAAACUCUCUGUAGAUUUGAGAGUGUUUUGGACCUGAAACCUUCAGAACCCAUAGGUACCGGCAACAGUGCACCCACCCAUACUUCCUAUCAGCGACAAGACACCCCAACACUGCGAUCUGUAGCCAAGCAGCAUUACUUGAAGCACUCUAGAUACUUGCCUGGGAUAACUAUUAGAAAUGGCAUACUUCCAAACCCAGGCAAGGAUUUUCUUCCACCUAAUUCAUGGUCCGGCUCUAGUCUCUCUGGAAAGUCUUCAGGGUCAGUAUCAGGAAUCAGUAGGAUGAAUUCUGUUGUCUCUGGCUAUACAGGAUCUGGCCGACUGACCGGUAGCUAUCUCCCUUCAUUUCUGAGAAAAGAAGUGGGUUCUGCAGGACAGAGAGUGCACCUAGCUCCAAUCUCAGAUCCUUCUCCUGGUUAUGCUUCGCUGAAGUCUGUGAGACCUCACCAUAAUCGACCCCUUUUCCAUACCCAGCCCAGAAGUACGCCAGGAUUAUUGCCUCGGCCGCCUGCAGCCCAGCCAGUCCAUGGACGUACUGACUGGGUUUCUAAAUAUGCAUCUCGACGGUGACAGACGUGAAGCACUUUGCACUGAAAAGCAAGAAACUUUUCAUCAGAUAAUUAUGGUGAAAGAAACUAUCUCACCUGCAAUAAACAUGAGAAAUGAUAAGCAAAGGCCUCUCCCCAACAUAUUAUAGUUAUCUUCUGCAAUCAAGAUAUUUCGAUAUUCCUUUUUUUUAGUUUUUUAAAAAAUAUUCAUUUGAAUCCAAUGUUGUACCUUUUUUGUACAAAAUUAUUUUGUUUUAUAACUGGGUCCUAUUAUUUUCUUAAAGAGCAACAUUUUGUAUAUAGGAGAUUACGUUCUGGCAUUUUAUACAGGAACCUUUAUAAUGAACUUAAAAAAAAACUUUUAUUUUGGGAGGGUGUCCAGGUAAUAUUUUAUACAAAAAAAAAGAAAUGCAGUGAAACUAAUGCAGUAUUGCAAUAUAGGUGCAAUUUAGAGCUGUGUGAUACAGGGGCAUUCACCUCUGCCUUGUGGUUAUUUGUGACAUGGUUAACUUGCAAAUAUGGUACAUUAGGCACAUCUAGCCUGCUCUGACAAACUAACUUGGUUUUAGUACUCUAAAAGUGAUUCCUAGCUUUCUCAGAUGCCCUAUUUUCCUUGGUUUGAGUUUAUAACACUAUGAUUCCCCUCUCCUAAAAGUAUUAUAGUAUUUCUUGAGUUUCAUCUUGAGAAUUCUCUAGCAUCCUUUGAAAUUAUUGGAGACACCCUAAGGUAUUGCAAAGUGAGGUUUGGGGAUCACUGUAAGAGACCUUCCCAUUUCCCUUUCUAUCCGUUUUUAAAACAGAUUAACCUGCAGGGAGAAGUAGGCCGAUAGAUAAUUGUGCACACACAGAGAAUUGAAUUUUUGAUGAGCAAAAGCCUGUUUAAUCUAAAGGCUAACACAGACAAUAUGUUCUUGCCUCAUAAUGAGUGCUAGCAGACAUAGCCAGUGGUGCUUCACUAUGGUGGGAGAUCCCACCCCCACCAACCAUUCCAAAUAGAAUUUUACAUACAUUGUAUAUCUCUAGGUCUGGUUAGGACUAGAUAGCAUGUAAUCCCACCGUCCCUGCCAGAUACUUCAUGGCAUUCUGAUCGGCAGCAAGGAUUUGGGGCUCUGAUUUGUUGGGAAACCAAAUUAACAGUAAUGUUAGUGUCAAUAAUGUGUCAUAUUUGAACUUAACCAUUAGUUUCUCUCAAGCAAAGGGAAGAGAAACUGUAUUUGUCUGGCAGAGGCUGUUCCUGGGAGAGGAAUGUUUACAGCAAUAUUAAAAAUGACAAAGCUGGUUUAUGGGCAGAAAACAUAAAAGGUGAAGACCUAUUCUUGACCCAUCUUUGUAGGACUUUUCUGCUCCCCUACUGGCUUUCCCUAAGGGCAAAAGGGAAAGUUAUUUCCAAUGAAAACAAAAAUAUUUAUGGUUAUCUGGGUCCAUACCUAUGAUUCCACCCUCAUACGGAAUUCCCAGUACAGAAACUCCCUUCACAGAGACAGACUAACGACUUACCUCAUAGUCAACUGCCUGAGGCCACUCAACCAGUGGGGCAGGACUUAAAUCUGGGUCUUCCAAAUUCUAAAGCCAGCCUCAUGCUGCCUCUAACAGAACCUAGUGAUUUCAAUGUUUUUGAAGCAUUUGAACCUGAUUAACAUUUUAAUAGUAAGUGAACUCAGAUUCAAUACCUAACUAUUCCUUUUCAGAUCUCCCAAGCUCAAGGGUCCCAUGUUAUAAAUUGUUGUUUUAUUGUAUCAAGUUACAGCAUGAAAGAAUGACUAAUAACUUUCAAAGGUUCCUAAUUUCAAACUGGGAGUAUCUUAUGCACUUACCUGGCUCAAAAAUUUGUAGUCAUCUAUUAACCAACCUUAUGCUCUUUGCCGAACCCCAGGGAGUUCAAAAAAAACAAUUUUUUUAAAAGCACAUAGUGGUUAUGGGUUUGGUCUUUGGACUGUUAUGUUUUAUUGCUGGCAAACUGGCAGCAAAAUUUAAGAAAAGAAAUGAUAUAUAUGCAAGCACACUUUGCAGCUGCAUUCAUUCAUUUUAUUGUAUUGUGUAACCAGUGAUUUCUUAAAGCAACAUGAAAUGUGUUUUCUGCAAUGGCUUUUUUAGUAUACUAGCUAGCAAAUAUUUAUUUUCUAUCCUACAUCAUUACAAAAAUCCUGUUUACAUGAAAAUGAGCAUAUUCUGAUUUGGUGGGGAGAGCUGUUUUCACAUUGUAAACAGAGACCCUGGGAGAUCACAAGUAAGACACGUACCUUAUUUCCAUCAGGCUCUAAUUUAUGUUGAAUUCAUUGAAUCUUAUCAAUUCCAAACAUUGGAUAUGCCUGUUUUCCAAAAGGCCAAUUCUCAUUACAGAACUAUAAAAAUUUUUGUAUGAUCUGUUAAGACCGACCUAUAAGAAAUUUUUUUUCCUUUGUUCUUUUUUUUUUUUCUGUGUCCAUUAGAAGUCCCAACAGCUUUCCUUGGCAAAGCCCAAUGAAGUUACCUGCAUAUGAGGGAUAGAGCUGUUGCGUAGAAGGGAAAACAAUGGUUAUUUAGCAUUUAGAGUGACUAUCCACAGACUUAAAGUGCUUUUUUAUUUGCCAAAUGGGGAAAGGACACACUGUGUAUUCCAAAUCUGUGUAGCAGAGGCAAAUGAUGACUAUUUCUCUUAAGUAGAAAUGAAUAGCUGCACAUAUUUUUAGCUUUUGUUUUAACGAUAUUUAUUUAUGAUGCAAGGACACUAAAAAAUACAAUGAUGAGCUUGGUGGUAUUAAUGUGUGGCUAUACCUCAGCUAAUCACUUUGAAGGAAAAAGCACAGUGUACUAUCAUUAAUGGCCACAGAUUCAGCUCUUGUACUAUGUCCAAAAAUGUCCAGAGACAGUUUUAAACGCAAAUGCAGGCAUAUCCCUGCUUUAAGAAGAUCCAAUAUUUGUAAAACCUGGAUUUACUGAGAAGAUGAGUUAGUGGUAGUUGGAGUUGGGCGUGUGUGUGUGUGUGUGUGUGUGUGUGUGGGGUGGGGUAUGGUGGGAGAUAGGGAAUGACUUGUUUUGCCGUAGGCUCUCUUUCAUUAGCCUACCACCCUUAUACAUUGGGGUUAUUUAGGGAAAUUGUGUAGACAACCUUUACUCACAUUGCCGACCUCAAUCCCUCCCCACUUUCAUGGUUAACAAAAUCAGAACCUGACCCUUGAUUAAUAUUUACAUGCAAUUCUUCCUUUAUGUGAUUUACUGUUCUCACUUUGUCUUAAAAACUCAAAUAUAGGUCAUGGCAGGAGAGCUUCCGCACUGUGCAUCCUUUCUAAACAGUUUCCCUCAUAGAAAUUAUACCAGUCAGUCAUUGCUUCGUGCCAUUUCUAAGAAAGAACGCAGGCUGUUGGCAGCUGCUCACUAUGUGACCAAAAGCAAUAUGUUCACGAGAAAACAUUUUAACACGCAAAUCUUUUAUAUACUUUGAUGCAAACUGUAGCAACUUAGAUGUCCAAUAGAUGUUCUUGAGUUUUUAAGGAUGAUUUUAAAAUUUCCAACUCAAUGUACUGUACUUUUGUAUAAGUUUAUGUGAGGACCUUCUUGUAGAUAUGUUACAGAAGCUGAGUCAAGGGGGAGCAACGCAUUAAUCCGGAAUAUCAUUUUUCCCUGCGUGCCCUGUGCUAAUUAUUUUGAGCUAAAAAAGCGGAUAUGAUGGCUUGAAUCCAGGCCUCACAUCAGUUACCCGGUCAGUAAGACCAUUUGAUUACCUGAUGACUUACAAAAAAAAUUGAGUGAGAUUAUAUUUUUAAUGCAAAUAAAGAAACAAUUAAAGGAACAGAGGAAGGGGGGAAAUAAUCAUUUGUGGGGAAAGCCCACAAAAUCUGAUACCCCACUUCAAAGAAUGUGUUGUAUGGCCAUUUAAAAACACCCAUUAACUUUGUGUAAAGAAAGUUUUCUUGGCCCAAAUAAAGUUACUUUUAAGAAA